CAUAAUGUCGAACUACCGUCCCCGAGGAGCAAUUGCCAAAGUAUUUUUUGACCGUAUUCACAACGACGAUGUUAUACAGCAGAUUGAUAUGACCACGUGGUACACCAUGGGGAAAUUGCCUCGCAAAUAUGGAGCUCUGUACCAUCACCUGAAUGGACCGGACGAGCUUACCCUCGAGUGGUUGGAACGAUCGAAAAAAACGUCCGGCCGUUUCUGGUUGCAGCUGUGCCACGAAGUAGCUAAACUAUUCCUCAACAUGUUCAUGACCCAGACCGAUAUCAAUGGUUUCCUGAAGCGUGGCUCUAUGUUUAUUCUAUCCGAGAUGCAGUUCGACGAAUUUCUUACGGCCGGAGGGUUUUUCCAGCAUCGCGAACGGCAAUCAGCGUUGAAUGUAUGUGACAUUGGUGCAGGUGAUGGAGAAGUCACGUUACGUUUAGUACGCACCUUGCAGCAAAAACGCAGUUGGCAAGUUACAACCUACGCUACCGAAUCUAGCUGGACGAUGAGAAACCGGCUGAAUGAGAAAAAUUUCAUUGUGCUGGAAACUCUAAACCAAAUCCAUCAAGCAGAUCUCAUCGUGUGUUUUAACGUGCUUGAUCGAUGUUUCGAUCCACAUGUUAUGCUCAGUGAUAUUUACGAAUCGUUAGAUCAGACGGGAUUCGCACUGAUAGCGCUGGUGUUACCAUACAGCCACUACGUCGAAAAAAAUUCCAGCCACCUACCCUUAAGGACACUGUUGGAACCGUGGCCCCCAGAGAAGCGACUCACCGUGGAGGAAGAGCUGGAAAUGUUCUUCGAUGUGUUGCAGUCGGUAGGCUUCAAAAUACGGACCUGGACCAAAGCGCCAUACCUGUGCGAAGGUGACCUGCGCCAGUCAUUCUACUGGCUAACGGACUACGUUGUACUGUGUUCAAAAUAAAUGUGCAAUCAUUCCAGUUAACG